AUGUCAAAAAAUACACAACAACCGGUUAACAGUAAUCGAGUAUUGAAAAUUGGCUGUCGACUGAAAGUCACAAAAUACAUACAUAUUUUAAGGUUGUUGAAGGAGAGCUUCGUCCAGCAAAAUUCCUUUUUGGCCUUUUUAUUGGCUGAUUCUGCUCACUUCUGUGCUCCUGCCAUAAUCUUGGGAAUCUUGAAACAAGGCUGCGCAUUUGUGCCGUUGCUAGACUUCAAUGCUAAAAUUUCCGAGAGCUUGCAAAUUGAGUGGAUCAUCACUGGGCAUGUCCCCCCUGAAAAUUAUUCAAAACUUCAGGAGUUCAAAAUUUUUGGAAUCACCUUAUGGUUGUGCCGAACAUCAUUUACAAGCAAACCCUCAACCAGAAAAUUUGCUUAUGCCAUGACGACGUCUGGAUCGACAGGGGAUGAAAAGAUAGUUCAAGUGCCUCACAAAGCAAUAGUCCCAAACAUAAUAUAUUUUGAGAGUAAAUUUUUGGUUAAUUCUACUGACAUUUUCUUUAAUUCGGCACCUCAGACAUUUGACCCUUUUGUUGUGGAACUUUUCACAACAUUGUACUCCGGAGCAGCUCUUCUGAUGGUUCCUCCAUCUCUUAAGUCAAGACCAAAUUUAUUGUUCAAAGCUAUCUCAAAAAAUCCUGAGCCAACCAUCAUUCAAGCAACACCAUCUUUGAUCCGAAGUUUAGGAAUUGAAAGAAUUAAAUUUAUUCUUGGUGAUACAAGUCAACUCAGAAUCUUGGCGUUUGGUGGUGAAGCGCCUCCGUCAAAAUCUCAGCUCAGAGAGUGGAAACAUAAAAAUAACAAAACUCGUCUUUUCAAUGUUUACGGCGUAACUGAAGUCUCAUGCUGGUCAUCAUGUGAAGAAGUUAAUGCUUGGAGUGAAGACGAAGUUACUCUAGGAGAGGCCUUGCCCUUCAAUGAGUUUGAAGUUCGUUUGCUGGAAGAAGAGGGCAGCCAGGAGGAAGGCGCAGGACAAUUAUUUAUAACAACCAGAGACAAAAUGUGUACAAUUGAUGAGGAAUGUAUGGAGAACAAGUGGCAUGCAACUGGAGACGUGGUCAAAGUUCUUCAUAAUGGAAAAAUUCAAUAUCUCGGAAGGCUACAAGAGACAAAAACAGUGAAGAAAAUGGGCCAAAAAGUGAGUCUUUGUGACAUAGAAAGAGAGGCACUGAGACUACCUUUUGUGGAAAAUUGUGUCGCAGAAAAGAACUUCUCAGAUGUUUUGAAAAUAGUGCUCUUUAUCGUUCGAAGCCGUAAUUGUAAAAUAUCAAAACGCAACCUGCAAUUGGAAGUCUUGGCACAUCUCCAUGCAAACUUGCCGUCAAUAUCAGUUCCCGACGUGAUCUUUGUGAUGAACAAUUUUCCGCUGUCAAGAAACUCAAAAAUCGAUCUAAGGAAACUCGCGUGCAGGGCUAGACGACAGCUGAAAAGGUCAAUUCUGUUUGAUGAAAUUCAAGGAGAAGAGGAAUUAAAACAAACUGUGAGAGAGGCAUGGAUUUUAUCAUUGGGAUUGCAUACUGAGUCGGAAAUCUCUGACGAGUCUCUUUUCAUUACAAGUGGAGGCGACUCUGUCAAGGCUCUUCUCUUUUAUGGGCAGUUGUUGACCAAGCUAGGAAUUGAAAGUGACCGGCCCCAAUUACUUACAACCAUACUUGAAUGCAGUUUCAGUAAAAUUUUUGACUGUUUCAAAGAUUUACUGAAGUCUAGAGGAAUUGAAGAAGAAGCUAUCCAAAAAAACUCCAAAGUCACAAAGGCUGCCAAAGAAUUUCCAGGAACCAAGGACCUUACAGCAAUUCCAGAUCUGCAAAUUGCAUUUAUGUUGUGCAAAGGACAGAGUAGCCACUUAAUCCCUGACUCGUACAACACUUACUCAAAAACUGAAUUGAAUGGAGCUUCUUUCCUUGACUUUAAAGAGCAGUGGAAAGUUGAUUUUAUGAAGUGUGUUGACGCAUCCCCACUCAUUGUGGGAUUUACAAGCGGACAGACAGUUGCCUUUGUAGGAUCUCACUCUGGUAAAUUUGCCUGCGUUGAUGUGCACACCGGACUAGAGUUAUGGUUCCUGCAACUUCCAGAUAGAAUUGAAGCAACUGCUUCUAUAAGUCAAUGUGGAGCUCGAAUUUUUGUUGGGUGCUACGAUGGAUCACUUUAUUGUAUUGAAAGUCAAAGUGGAACUCUUGGUUGGAAAUUUGAAACUGGUGGUAUGAUAAAAAGUUCGGCUGUCACUUAUGAGGAUUUUGUUUUAAUCGGAUCAUAUGAUCAGAUAUUAUACUUUAUCAAGCAAAAGGACGGAGCUUGUGAAUGGAAGUACAAUUUGAGACGAGGUUCAAUUUUUGCUACACCUUGUCUGGUGGAAAACUUGGCCAUAGUAGCCACCUUAGGAGGUCAUCUAGUUGCAGUAAGUUUGGAGAACAAGAGAGAAAUAUGGUCUUUAAACCAAGGAAAGCCAUUCUUUGCAUCUCCCAUGUUACUGAAUAGCGAUACCGUAGUGACUGGGAAUGUCGGAGGAUUAAUCAGUUUUCUCCAACCUGCAAGUGGCUACACCAAGUACAGUCUGCAGACGUCAGGUGAUUUAUUUGCUUCAUUUACAACAUUCAAAUCAAAUUUGAUUUACACCAACAAGACAAAGAUUUGCUGUUUUGACUUUUGCCAGUUUACAUGUAUGUGGGAGUUUGAAUCAGGCACUCGUAUUACAAGUACCCCUUUUGUGCAGCAAAAGUUUUUGAUUUUAACAUGUUCAAAUGUGAUUUGCCUCAUUGAUAUAGUGGAUCGAAUGAUUGUUUGGAGACGAGAACUGGCAAAAGAAAUAUUUUCAAGUCCAAUUUUGUGCAAAGCGAGCAUAGUUUUUGGGUGCAGAGAUAAUUUCUUAUAUUGCUACAAAAAUAUUAUUUAAAUAAAACGAAAUUU